AUGAUGAUUAAAAGUCAUUCGAAUGACAAAUCAUAUGCUUUAGCGCUUACCCUUUUCAAUGUUCAUUCAAGAAAUGUGAUUGCUAAAAUGUUGAGGGAAAAGUUAUUUGAUCAGACAUUACCUGAUAAUGUUCCUCGUGAUAAAGAUAAGGAAGAUGUAGAAAGGGCGCCAAUGUCGUGA